AUGAUUCGCCAGCGUCUGAAAUCCACACCACCCAUGGACACCAAAGGACGAGGAAAAACGCAACCGGUCAUUUGCUCCCAGCGGCCACCUCUUCGAUUCGAUCAGGCCGAAACUAAACUCCUGUACACACUACAAUGGCUCCUCCUUGAUGCAGCCUCGGAAUGUGCUGAUAAUGACCCAAAUUUUAAAAUCAACUCGCAACGGGAGCGCGCCUACCUCCACGAUCUCGCCAGUUUGCAGCUCUUCAUCUAUUUGUUCGCACCUGUUCUGGAACGCCUUAAAUGCGAAGAUUUUGACACUUUGAAGCUGGAGUCUGGCCUCCGGUUGUGGGCUCCUCUAAUACUUCACAGGCAGCCCUACGAAGGAUCCUUCCCCGUGCCUGUUAAAAUACCCUUGAGACAAUAUGAUGAAGAGCUGAAUGUGAACCCCCUGCGUAGUUACGUAGACCAGUUUGGUCCCCUUCCUCCCGUCUUCCAGCGUCCUGGUGAGGAGCUUGGCGAAGAGAACGAGUUUGGAGGAUUGGAGACGGCGAGUCGUGCCAGUAGACUGGUACCUCACUCGAUAGCACCCUUCUAUCCCACUUCCCCAAAUCUCAGGAUUCCCAAUGCCGAAUCUUCAGAUGAGGAUUCAGCGUGGUACGACCGGCAUUCUGUGCCAAUCAAUGCGAGUGCGAUGAAGCACAGUCAUAAUCGUCCAGUGGUUCCAAUGGCUCGUCUCAACGAUAUCUGUCCCGUUAGCCUGAAGGAUACUGACUCCGAGGAGUCGGAGUCAAACUGUUCUGAGAGCUUUACGGCCGGUCGAAGCUAUUUGGAGCAGACACUAGAGGAGCAAAUAGAGUCACUGACCCAGACAGUGCUGAAAGAAGCGAUGGCGACAGAUACUGUGUUGGCUAGUCAUUGCGACUUGGCAGUGAUGCGAUGCCUCUUCUCGCCGGAAUGGUCCGAGUCAGGUGCUGUCUGGGCUCUGCGCUACAUGGAACGACGCCUCACACUGCUUCGUCAUGACCGUCGGCGCGAAAGGGUCGAGGCGAGCGCCCAUUUACGGUUCCAGCGCCUCCGUGCCACCCUCCCCGAGGCCUGCUUUGCCGCUGCCGACGCUGUCACUGGCCAAGCCGUCGAUCUUCGAGUACUACGCAGCCUUUCCAUGCCUCAACUCACACCUCAAUAUCAGCGUCCUUCCUAUGAAGCCUCUAGCGUCACUGCUAUGCCAUCCAGCCAGCGCAACAUCACCACCGGCCCAUCUUCUGUGGUAACUACGACCAAUGACAUCGUUGAUGAUGGAAACGACGAUGAACGAUACAGUGCGGAGGGUAAGAAGAAUGAGUGA